GUAUGACAAGGACUCAAUUAUGUCUUACUUGGCAGAUUUUAUAAUAUAUUUCUUUGUUAUAACUUGUGAAAUAUCAUCAGUAUCACCAACACUAUUCCAGAAAGUACCUGGAUACACUUUGCAUGGAUAUAUAUUAGACAGUAUAAAUGUGAAAAGUUUGGGAAAGUGUGGAGAAUCAUGCGCUACGAAUCCUGCCUGUUUCUCAUUCAAUUUUGAGCUUGGUUCAAAACAAAAGAUGUCACUAUGUGAGCUGUUGUACUGUUCCUUGGAUGCAAACAAUUCGGCAUUGGUGCCCAACACGCUUAUGACCUAUUACAGACUAAUUUCUGAAGAAGCAACAUCUUCAGCUACCCCGCUGUGUAAUAGCUGUGUUUAUGCUCCCUGCCAAAAUGGUGG